GUGAAGUGAAAGAAAGGAAGAAAGCAGAAUUAUAUGCUCGGCAACAUCCAAAGGGCAAAAGCAAAGCAUAAAAUAAAGCACACAGAAACAUCACACACAAGCAAACAUCUACUAAAUAUGCUCUCCUUUCAUACAUCUUAAAACCCCUCCAACCAAAUACUCUCUCUCUCACCCUUAAACUCUCUCUCUCCCCUCUGUCUUCUCCUCUCUCUCUCUCUCUCUCUCUCUCUCUCUCUCUCUAGAAAUGGGACUCUGUUUCACAAAAUGUCAAUCCCAUGACAUCCCUAUAUCUUCCUCAGACUCGCCACCUCAUCGAACCCACCCAAAAUCCAACAGAACCCACGACCCGUAUAAGCCCGCCCCAUCAAAACCAAACCCGUAUUCGCCUGCUUAUAGUUCCGGCACCUCUUUCGGCAGGACCCAUUCAUCGUUUCAGAUUGGACCCAUUCUCGGAAAACCCUACUUCAACGUAAAUUCCCUUUAUACCCUCGACAAGGAGCUGGGGCGGGGCCAGUUCGGGGUGACCUAUCUCUGCACCGAGAAGACCACUGGAAAAAAGUACGCCUGCAAGUCGAUAUCGCGGCCGAAGCUGUCGACGACCAAGGACAUCGAGGACGUGAGGAGGGAGAUUAUGAUACAGCAGCACCUGACGGGGCAGCCCAACAUCGCGGAGUUCAAGGGGGCCUAUGAGGACAGGCAGAAUCUGCAUUUGGUCAUGGAGUUGUGCUCUGGCGGCGAGCUUUUCGAUCGGAUUAUUGCCAAAGGGAGCUACUCCGAGCGGGAGGCAACGAGGAUUUUCAGGCAGAUUGUGAAUGUGGUGCAUGUCUGUCAUUUUAUGGGGGUGAUGCAUCGGGAUUUGAAGCCUGAGAAUUUUUUGUUUGCGAGUAAGGAUGAAGACGCGCCGCUCAAGGCCAUUGAUUUUGGACUCUCUGUUUUCAUUGAGCAAGGGAAAGUGUACAGGGACAUAGUUGGGAGUGCCUACUAUGUGGCCCCAGAAGUGUUACAGCGGAGUUAUGGGAAGGAGAUUGAUAUCUGGAGUGCCGGAAUCAUGUUAUAUAUUCUUCUGGCUGGAGUGCCUCCCUUUUGGGCUGAGACCGAGAAGGGGAUAUUGGAUGCAAUUUUAGAAGGCAAACUCGACUUACAAAGCGCACCUUGGCCUUCAAUAUCUGAUGAGGCAAAGGAUCUCAUCAGGAAAAUGUUAACCAUGGACCCUAGGAGGAGACUUACAGCUUCGCAAGUUCUUGAACAUCCAUGGAUGAGAAAAGAAGCAUCGGACAAACCUAUUGACAGUGCUGUUCUCAUUAGAAUGAAGCAGUUCAGAGCAAUGAACAAGCUCAAGAAGCUUGCUCUGAAGGUAAUAGCAGAAAACCUUUCGGAAGAAGAAAUCCACGGCCUGAAGGAAAUGUUCAACAACAUAGACACGGAUGGAAGCGGUAGCAUCACACUUGAGGAACUUAAAACUGGAUUGGCGAGGCUGGGAUCCAAGCUCACUGAAACUGAAAUAAAACAGCUGAUGGAUGCUGCCGACAUUGACAAGAACGGUACUAUAGAUUACACUGAAUUUAUAACUGCUACCAUGCAUCGCCAUAAGCUGGAGAAGGAAGAAAAUUUGUACAAGGCUUUCCUGUUCUUCGACAAGGAUCAGAGCGGGUAUAUCACAAGAGAUGAGCUAAGACAAGCAAUGACUGAAUAUGGGAUGGGGGACGACGCUACUAUUGAAGAAAUCCUCGAUGAUGUGGACACGGAUAAAGAUGGAAGAAUCAAUUACGAGGAGUUUGAGGCGAUGAUGAGAAAGGGAGUUCAAGAUGCUGAUGAGAAACAAAGAUAACUGGUUGACAGCUUUCUUACAAGAAUCCAUGAAGAUCAAAUAAUGAACAACUCCCAAAGCUCAAAGCUCUGCCUCUGAAAAGUAAACCAAUGUCCAUAAAUAACCUCAAGCUGUUAUACAUCAUGUGUACUGCAUGAACAAAUUAAUAAUAAUAAUCCAAAUAUACAAAUUACAACUGUUGA